AUGGAUGAAACAACCUCUUUCCAUAUAACCGCCAUACCACGGAAAGCAGAAGACAAGUACAAUUUCGGCGCAUUCGUUACGGGAGUUGACUUGAAUGAUGUCUCUGACGACGACCUCGACCGUCUCAAAGCCGCUGUAUGGAGACAUAAAGUUGUCAUUAUAAAAGACCAAUCAAAUCUCGACCCAAAGAAGCAAUGGGAAUUAAUUACUAGGCUUGACCCAAAAGCCAAGGAUGGUCACAGUCACGGAAGCAUUGACAAAUUCCGCGCAAAGGGGGGAAGAGAAGUCGUCGGCAUCCCCGGAGCCGAAAACGUGCGUCUAAUAGGCAAAGGCUUCCAAGGCCCAGAUCACUACGGCAUCAAAAACCACACCGUCGAACGCGGACUAAGCAAUGAUUUCCACGCCACCCCACCCUCUGCAACCGAUUUCGAGAAUGGUAUCACCCGUUUCCAAAGAUGGCAUAUCGAUGCGCCGCUGUAUGAGCGUGAUCCGGCCUGGUUCACGUCCCUACGAUGCCUAAAACUUCCUCGCGGGGCCGAUCUUACGAUUGAAUGGGCUGAUGGGUCGGGGAUGAGUAUGAAAUGUCCACCUGGAAGGACGGCGUUUUUCAGUACCUCGCAGCUUUACGGUCUUUUAACACCAGAGGAGAAAAAGCUGGUGGAUCAUAGUUGGGUUGAGUAUGCACCGUAUCCGUAUAAGUGGAUUCAGCAUUGUAAGGGGAAUAGUAAUGGGUUAGGUCUUGCGGCUGGAGGAGAACGGUUGUCGAUUGAAGAGUUGGGAGAAUUUGAUCCUGCGUCUGUGAAGAAGUAUCCAAUGGUAUGGGUAAACCCCCUAACAGGUGAAAAAGCGUUCCAAGUCCACGGCAUCUGUGCCCGACGCCUCUUCCUUCGCAGCAGCAGCUCCGAAACCCCGCAAAUCAUCGAAGACGUAGAAGAAAUCCGACGUUUCAUUUUGGGGAUUCAGAACCGGAUCUUAAGACCGGAAUACAUCCUGUUGGCUCCUGUGGAGGAAGGGGAUAUGCUUAUAUGGGAUAAUUAUGGGUUGUUUCAUUCUGCGAUUGAUUAUCCGGCCAAAAUGGGGCCGAGGACGAUGCAUCAGGCUAAUAUUGCUGGGAGUGUCGGGCCGAGGGGGCCUGUGGCUAUUGAUGUAAAGGCGUAG